AUGCAACAACCGACGGCCAAGAAACCCGACACUCAGGCGGUGGUGGACAAGAAGGUGAAAGAUCUGAUGAGGGAUUGGAGGCGGCUGGUGGAGGUGCCCUACACCGCCUCUCUUGCUCACACAAUGAACGUUCUCGUCGCCAACUGCGUCGUGGCUGUUCCGGUGGCUGCGCCGCCUGGCCACUGGAUCGGCGCUGGCGGUUCCAUGAUCAUGGAGGCUGAUAAGAGCAGUGGGGUGGUAAGAAAGCAUUAUAUUGGGAUGGUCACCAUGCUUGAUAUCUUGGCUCAUAUUGCUGGCAGUGAGGAUGUUCAUGAUAGUAGUGGUGAUCUGCUCGAUCUCGAUCGGAAGAUGGCGGUUCCGGUAUCGUCGAUAAUUGGACAUAGUGUUGAGGGUUUGAGUCUCUGGACUUUGAAUCCUAACACCAGCAUAUUAGAUUGUAUGGAGAUAUUCAGCAAGGGGAUCCACAGGGCACUGGUGCCCAUCGAUGGGCAGGUCGAGGAGGCCAUGGGCGUGAAGCUUGUCGAGUCGGCAACGAGUUACAGGAUGGUGACCCAAAUGGAUGUGUUGAGAUUCCUUAGAGAAAAGGCACCAGAAAUUAAAGAGAUUUUGAGACAAAGUGUGAAGGAAAUGGAAGGGAUUAAUGAGAAUGUUAUGGCCAUUACAGAUAAAACCAAACUUAUAGAAGCAAUUAAGUGCAUGAAAUCUAGCUUCCUGAAUGCAGUCCCCAUUGUUGGCGGCGACCAUGUCCACACACAGCUUUUCACUGGAAGAGGAAUGAAGCUAGUUGGGACGUUUUCGGCAACCGAUCUGAGGGGGUGUCAGCUCGCGACGCUACAGACAUGGUUGCAUCGGUCGGUGCUAGACUUCACCGAUGCAGUCCGAAACAGCUCGUUGUUCGAGGGGAGUGUGGCGUUCGGGAGAGAACUGGUUACAUGUCAGCCGGAAAGUUCGUUGGAGGAAGUGAUGGAGAAGGUGGUGUCAAAACAUGUGCAUAGAAUUUGGGUAAUUGAUGAACAUGGUUUGCUUCUUGGUGUUGUCUCCCUAUCAGACAUGAUUAGAGUUGUAAGGCAUUCACUUCUCUCUCAACUCCAAACCUUGUAGCCCUUGUUCUAAUAGGCGUGCGAUUCUGAUUGAAUUGGUGCCUUUUGUAGUGAAGUUAAUGGCAUCCCCCGGAUAGCUCUCUUUUUUGUGUAGAUUGAAGUGUUUCGUUUGUGACCCAUAACUCGAAUGACCCAAGUUAGAUUUUCCGUAGUCCAAAGAGUCUAGUAUA